CUCAAAUUUAAUAAAGACAUCCUGAGAUAGAAGUAUCAGUUCAUUGUCUCACCAAAUCAGUUUCUUUCUUCUGCUUAAAAAGAGUUCGCGGUUAAUUAGCAAGGAGGCUUGGAGGUUUGUGGAUCUUUUUAAUUGUGCUUUGGUCUUCUUCUUUCCAAAUAAUUUGAAGCAGAAUUGAGGGAAGUGCAGCAUGGAUUUUUGUCUAAAUAAGAUUGAUAAACUCUUGAAGAACCAUAGAAGCUAUGACCAAAACAUGAAUGACCUAAAAAGAAAAUUGGAGUAUUUAAAUGCCCUGAAGGAAGACAUAGAAUUAAGAAUGAAGGUAGAGCUGCAUCCGAGUAAGAAACUCAAGAAACAAGUUCAUCUAUGGUUGGGAACUGUUGAAAGAAUAAAUGGUGAGAUACAAAAGCUUGAACAAAAAGUUGUGAAAAGCAGUAUCAUCCCACGUGGAUUUCACAUAGAAAAUGUUUUAAAAAAGAAAGCAGAAGUUGAGGAACUUCUUCAACAGGGUAAGUUUGAUCAAGGUCUGGUAGUCAAUGAGCUUACGUGGAUUGGACAGGCUUUGGCAACAACAACUUUAGUUGGGAAAGUUGCAAAGAGCUGUAUGGAAGAAAUUUGGACAUGCUUGAUGGAUGAUGGUAUUGGAAAGAUUGGUGUUUGGGGAAUGGGAGGAGUGGGUAAAACAACAAUCAUGAAGCUCAUCAAUAACCAACUUUUAAAAGAGACUCAGAAGUUCAAUAUUGUGAUAUGGAUCACCGUAUCAAAGGAGAUGAACAUCUCCAAAAUUCAAAAAUGCAUCUCACGUGCAAUGGGACUUACCCUUCCUGACGACGAUGAUGAAACAAUAAAGGCAGGGAUGUUAAAUGAAAAGUUGACUCAGAAAGGCAGGUAUGUGUUAAUUUUAGAUGAUCUAUGGGACAAACUAUCUCUUGAAGAAGUAGGAAUCCCCAAGCCUUCUAACGGGAGCAAGUUAGUAGUAACAACUAGGAAGUUGGAUGUGUGUCGCUAUUUAGAUUGUCGAGAAGUUAAAAUGCCUACUCUUUUAGAACAAGAUGCAAGGAGUUUGUUUUUGGAGAAAAUUGGUAGAAAUGUUUUGAAUUAUCCAGAUUUGUUACCAAUUGUGGAAUCUGUUGUUGAGCAAUGUGCUGGUUUACCCUUAGCUAUAGUCACAGUAGCUAGCAGUAUGAAGGGCAUAAGUAACAUUCAUGAAUGGAGAAAUGCAUUGAAUGAAUUAAGUAGACCUAUAAAAAGUGUGAAUGGGUUAGAUGAAAGGGUAUUUCAGAAACUUAAGUUUAGUUACGAUCAUUUAGAAGAUGAAAGAGUCCAACAUUGCUUCCUCUGUUGUGCAUUAUAUCCUGAAGAUUGGAAUAUCUCUGAAUUCAGACUAAUAGAACUUUGGAUUGCAGAGGGGCUUGUGGAAGAAAUGGAUAGUGAACAAGCAGAGUUUGAUCAGGGGUAUACCAUUCUUAAUAAACUAAAAAAUAAUUGCUUGUUAGGUAAUGGUGAAUCUAUUGGGCAUGUGAAGUUGCAUGACCUCGUGAGAGACAUGGCACUACGCCUCACGAGUGCAAAACUACAUUGGCUAGUAAGAGCCGGUAUGCAAUUGCAAGAGAUACCACACGUACGAGAAUGGUCAGAAGAUUUAGAAACGGUUUCAUUGAUGGGAAGUGAAUUCUUGCAAAUUCCAUCAGAAAUGUCACCACCAAAAUGUCACAUGCUCACAACUUUAUUGUUGUCCAAUUGCUUAGUAGCUGGUAUUCCAGAUUGUUUCUUUGAGCAAAUGAAGGGACUCAAAGUUCUAGACCUUUCUAGGAAUUUUAUUAGAAGUUUGCCAAGCUCCAUUUCUAAAUUGGAAGCUCUCACUGUAUUAUUGGUUAGAGAAUGCCCUCUUUUAGAAAAGGUGCCAUCUUUCUCAAAACUUGAAGCUUUAAAGAAGUUUGAUCUUAAAGGCACAAAAAUCAAGAAGCUCCCGCAUGGGAUGGAAAGGUUGGUAAAUCUCAAUUAUUUUGUUUUGGAUGAGGAAGAAGUCCCCAGUGGAAUAUUGUCAAAAUUUUCAUGCCUGCGACACUUGGUGGUAAGAAAUGCAUUUCUCAAAGGAGAAGAGAUAGGUGAGUUGAAGAAGCUGGAGUUCUUUCAAAUUAGGUUUUAUGCCUUGAAUGAAUUGAAUACUUAUGUGCAGGCUUUGCACGGUCGAAGACAGUUGCCUAGUCGAUAUCAGAUUCGUGUGAGUCAUCAUAAAAGAAUGCUUUUCUUUGGACUCAAUUCGGAGAAAACCAUUGAAUUAAAUGGUUGUGAAAUAUACAGAGCUGGUGUGAACUUCCCAUCCGAUCUUCAGCAAUUGAAUAUUGUUGAAGGUGCUAUUGAUAUCCCUGACGAAGAGGUAUUUUUUCCUUGGUUUAUGGCAACGCCAAACGGCGUAUUUUCUUUUCUCAAAGAAAUUAAUAUAUUUGAUUGUCAAAAAAUAAAAAAGUUGUUCUCGUGUGUUUGGGUGCUAAGUAACCUUCAAAAUUUGGAGGUGUUACGUGUUUGGGAAUGUUACCAAGUGGAGGAAAUAAUAGCAUCAGAAAUGGAAUUAGUUGAGGAAGAAAUGGGUAGUAGUAAUAGUCAUACUAUCCAAUUACUUCUUCCCAAAUUAAAAAUAUUGGAACUGUGGCUGUUAGAGCAUCUGGAAAGUAUUUGUAGUGCAAAUAAAGUAAUGAUUUGUGAUUCUCUUGAAAAGAUUUGUGUCGGAUAUUGCCCAAAUUUACAGAGGAUGCCUCUGUAUCUUCCACCGCUUGAUGAUGGCCAACCAUCUUCUCCUCAUUCUCUUAAGGAAAUUGUUAUAUCGUCAGAGGAAUUGUGGGAAUCGAUGGAGUGGGACCAUCCUAAUGCCAAGUCUCUAUUUAAGCCAUUCUUUACGCACAGGAAGCCCCACUGGUUUGCCUCUCUUUCUCCUCAUUUGGCUGACAACAAUGCUUGAUCGCAAUGCCAUUUGAGAUCUAUGGUGUCAAUAACCAGCCCACCACAAUGGUCUAGGGGGUGAUCUCGCUAAGGUGUAGCAUGUCGUGUGUGCAUUAUUGGCAACAACACAGUCGUGGCCUAGGUUUUCUCCCAGAUUAACCACAAGUUUGAUCCGGUGUAGGCCAGGACUUCAUUGAUUGGUGUGCAAGUGAAGGAAUGAAAGCAAGUGAAUUCUCAAAAACCCGUGAAGAUCAUGCUGCUCUCAGGAAAGACUAUGAAGAAGUUGGAGCAGAAGGUGUCAAAGUGGAAGAAGGGGAGAUAACUAAACAUAUGUUUUAUGAAGAAGCAGCUAAUGGUCUACUGCUCCUCUCCUCAUGUUCAUUUUCUGUUUAUGUUUAGAGUUUAGAUCAGCAUACCUUUUUAGUCCAAAGGGAAUGCUUGAGAGGAUUGUUUAGCUCCGGAGGUGGAGCACUCGGCCUUUGAUUUAAACUUUUUUAAGCCACCUCCUUCAGGUCCUGUGUUGCUUUUGUCGUGGAAAGAAUUUACUAGUACAUUGUUGCUGGGUUUCUUGUUUAUGAUUUCCAGCGGGCUAAUCCAAUUGUAUUUGCACCAAAA